UGUGUGGCUGCGUCCAGGCCAAAUCGCUGAGCAUGCCAUUUCGGAAUCCACCACCAUGUUCGCCCGCCGAGUCAUCCGCAACGUCGCCCAACAAGCCGCCCGCACGAUGGCGACCCAAGCUCGCCCCUUGGCUCAAAAGGCCUUCUCCCCUUUGAUGGUGGUGGCUGGUGUGACCGGUGUUGCCGCUGGCAUUGCGUUCUCCAACCCUGCCGAAUCCAAAGCUGUGAAGAAGGUGACACCGUACACCGGCAUCCCCGGCACGAAAAACGAACGCACGUUCAUUGCCAUCAAGCCUGAUGGUGUCGAACGUGCCUUGAUUUCCGAAGUGAUUGGCCGCUUCGAAAAGAAGGGCUACAAGCUCGUCGCGAUGAAGCUCCUGACCCCCACGGAAGCCCGUGCUCGCGAACAUUACGCCGAUUUGUCUUCCCGCCCAUUCUUCAACGGUCUUGUGAAGUACUUUUCCUCGGGCCCCAUUGUCGCUAUGGUCUGGGAAGGCCAAGACGUUAUCUUGACUGGUCGUAAGAUCUUGGGUGCCACCAACCCCAACCAAGCCGCCCCAGGCACCUUGCGUGGUGACAACACCAUCUCGACCGGCCGCAACUUGAUCCACGGCUCAGACGGCCCUGAGUCUGCCAAGCACGAAAUCGGCAUGUGGUUCACCGCUGCUGAAAUCCAAGACUACGAACGCGCCAUCGAUGAAUGGAUCGUUGCCGACAACUAAAGUCUAUUCACAUAGCAUCAACACGCCUCUUGGUUUAUCGUCCGUGUCCAACGCACCUAAUUGAAGUCUCCUGGACCUGUGUCCCCCAUGCAGCUUUGCAUGACAGCGCGCCGCCAGGGUGUUCAGCCGCCCCAGCCAGUCUGUUCAAAUUCGGUUCCUUGUACAGUUACACUAUUAUCUUGUGAUUUGUAUGAAAUUAUGCACCCAAUAUUAUUGACAUUUAGGUGAAUCUAACUGGAUAAAACGCUUGUAAAUGCAACGAUGUGAUUGGUAUA